AUAAGUGCUUGUUAGUCUAUUGUUUUUCUAUUUUUUUAUACUGUUUUUCUGUAAACUGUCUUGCUGGACCUUGUUUAAUGCAAAAUACGUUGUAUGUGCUGCUGUUUUUCUGUUUUUGUUCUUUUUUUUUAUCUGUUUUGCAGUCAUUUAUUUAUACGAAUUUUCUGAUUUUGUUAUACAGUUUUUCUGUAAGCUGUUCUGUCUUGUUUAGGUAUUAUAUUUUUCAAUUGCAGUAAUUUUUGAAUUCCAUGCCUUGUUUAUUGUUUCUGAAUUUGGUUGUGUCUAACAACUUAAAAAUUGUAAUUUUUAAAGGAUGGACAAUCUUUUGGAGGAGGACCCAUUCUUCACCACUCUCUUACAAAGUGGAGGAGAAUGUCCUAUUACCACUCCAACAUUCACACCCCAUUCUAAUACUUUGGUCAGCCCAACUCCCCUUCACGGUGAAAAGAGGCCUCCAACAAAAAAAGUUCAAAGAGGAGCUUCUUUCACUGUUGAGGAGGAUAACGUACUUGUCUCUGGUUGGCUGAACAUUAGUAUUGAUGCCAUCCGGGGAACUGAUCAGAAAUCCACUCAAAUGUGGGAGCGGAUUUCUGAUUUUUACCAUGAAUAUAAGAAACCACAUAAUGUGAACCGUUCGGUUGGGUCAUUGAUCAAUCGUUGGUCCAUGAUUCAAAAAUGCACAAAUAAGUUUUGUGCAUAUCUAGCACAAGUUGAGUCAUUGCACCCGAGUGGUGCGACCGAGCAAGAUAAGAUUGAAAGAGCAAAGAUAUUGUACAAAGAGAUGGAACGAGGGAACUUCACAUUAGAGCAUUCUUGGAAUCUUUUGAGGCACCAACCCAAAUGGCAUCAACACAUGAGUACGCUGAUUACGAGGAGAAAGCCUGUCGAUAGACAGCCUUCCAAUGAGCAGUCAAGUGAAGUUCUGGGCGAUGUUGUGGAGGAAAUCAUUGAAAGGCCUGCUGGAAAAAAGGCUGAAAAGGAAAGCUUGAAGAAGCGGAAGGCACAAGAACAAUCUGAUGCUGAGUUCAACACGGCAUUAGGAGCAAUGACCGAGGAUAGACGAUUGUUCAUGGCGGAGAGAAGAGAAUGGCAGACGAAGGCUGAUCGCGAUAGAGGUGCACAACUGGAUCUUGAUAAAAGAAAGUUUGAUGCUGAGAUGAUGGGCAAGGAUCUUUCUGGUAUGAAUGCCAUGCAGCAAGCCUACUUCCGUAAAGUUCAGAAAAAAAUUUGGGAAGAGUCAAUGAGUGAUGAAGAUGGUAUAUCCGAAUGACUUUCUGAUUUCCAGCUUGUAGUGGCUGCUUAGCCACAAGACUUCAACAUGAAGCAUGUGGCUGGGCAGCCACUAUG